AUGGCCCGUCGUCUUAUCGCUGAAGUUCCGGACUGCCGUCGAUCACCUCGGGAAGUCGCAGAGGAACACCUCCUGACCUCAGGGCUAGGCUGCCACGAGCGCUUCAACGUGCUUCCGAGGGGGUCAGGCGGGUACGAGGUUGCGAGAUACGGUUCCCGACUUUCCCUUUACGGAAAGGCACUUGUCGCCGCCGACGCACCUCAUGACGAGGCGACCCCUCGUUGCACUCCGAUUCUGUCCCGCAGUCGGACAGUUGAACUCCUCUGUCAACGAGGUCUUGAUCCACCUUCAGCCCCAUGUUACAAAGAGAAGGGACUUCAACGGGAACUUCGCUCUGAAAGUGUCUAUUUCACUUAUACUGGGUCGGGAUGCCCAUAUACGGAUGUAGAGUGGUUAGCUACCCGCCCGCUAACCUCGAGGGGUCUCGAUGAAGCCCUCCCGCUGGUCCACUUCCAUCGGGCGACAGGGCAUGCACUUGGCGAAAGGACGGGAUCCCAGUGGCCUAUGGAUGUUAUGACGACACUUUCGCGGAGGAAGAACGACAGAAUUGUGGAGCGCGUUUCAUGA